AUGAAAGGAAUAUAUGAUUACUCUGAUAAAGAAAGUUCAGAAAAUGGUGAAAACAAAUCCAAUAAUAAUGAUGAAAAAAAUAAAAUAAUUAGAAAAUAUAUGAGCAUAGUUGAAGACGGAAUGAAAAAUGAUUCUGAAAAUAUAUUCGAUAAUUAUGAAUUAAAUAGCAAUGAUUCUAAAUAUAAAAGUGGGGAAAACAAUUACUCAGAUAGUAAUGAUGAUAUUGUAUUAUCUGAUGAUGAUGAUGCAAAAAAUUCAAUACUUGGAAAUAGCGACUGGGAAGCUAAAUCAUAUGAUAAAAAUAGCGAUAUAGAUAAUCCAAAUGAAAGUAGUAUAAUAAAUAAAUCCUUAUCAGAUAAAGACACUAAUAUUGUUGGUCAAAUCGAUGAAACAGAUAUAAAUGACAUUUCCUCCGAUUCAGAAAUGGCAAAUGAUAUUAUAUUAGAAAAGGAUGAAAAUUAUAAAAAGAACGAAGAAGAAAUAAGUUUGACAGAGAAUACCACUACCCAAACGAAUGAGGAGGGAACUAUUCAAGGAACAGAAGAAGAAAUAAAUAAAACAGAUAAAAUAAAAUUGGGGGUAGACGAUUUUAAGGAAUUAAAAAAAGAAAGUAUCUAUAACCCCGAAUUAAUAGAAAAUCAUGAAAAAAAAAACUCAUCCUUUUUCAUGGAAAUUAAAGAUCUUAAUGAAUGGAAAGAAAAGCACAGAUAUUUAACAUCUUCAUUUCGAAGAAUGGAAAAAAAAUUAAAUAAAAUAAUAAACAGUGAAAACAUUCAUUUAGGAACGAGAAGAAGCCUUAAGCAACAUAAAGAUUUUUUAGACAACGAAUAUAAAGAGUGGCUAUGCGUUUUACAAAAAAUCGUCUCUGAGUAUAAAAAGAACAUUGGAGCUCAAGUUUCGGAAUUAAAUGAAAAAGAAUAUUUCAUUUUAUCCAAAAAUAUUUAUGAAGACUUUAAGGGAAACCACCUGGAAGAACUUAACAUAAGCAAUGUCUUAUUUUUGCUUACAACAAAACACCAAAUAGAAAUUGAUGAUGAUAUAGCGGAUUAUUUGGAACAAUGUUAUGAAACAAUAAAUAAAGAUAAACCAUUAAAUAAUGUUAUACAAAAAAUAAAUGAAAUAAAUAAAAAUAUUGAAGAUAUAGGAGGGGAAACAGGGUCAUGGGAUAGUGAUCAAAAUAACUACUUUAUGGAAGUUUACGAAAAUAAUAUACAUUUAGGGGAUGAAAUGAUAUGUGAUAUAUUGAAAAAUGCGUUAAGCAAAAAUGAAAGUGAAAUCCUUGAGCACAUAGAGUGGUAUAGAAAAUUUGUCUCAUGUAAUACUCUAAGGAAUAAAUUGCUAAAUAGCAUAAGCAUAAUUAAUACAAAUGACCAAAAGAAAAGCAAUUUGAAAAUUCAAGAAAAAAAACAGAUGAUACAAUUGUGGAAAGAUAAAAAGAAACAUGAGUCGGAAAUUAAAAAUAAGGAGGUCGCACAAAUGAAGAAAGAUGAAUUGAGAAUUCAAAGAAAAAUACGAGACGACAUUAAGAAAAAAAAAGAGUUAUUACAAAAUGAGCUAAACAAAAAGAAGGAGGACAUGAAAAAAAAUAAAAUGAAAAAAAGACAAAAAAGUAUCUUAUCCGAAGAAAUGUUGCAAAGAAUAAACGAAAGAAACGAACGGAUUUUACAAAAAAAAGUUCAGUCCAAUGCAAACCUUAAUGAUGAUAAUAAUGAAAGAAGUAAAAAACAGUCUAAUCAGAAAUAUAUGCACGUACAAAGUAAAUUGCUAAGCAAUACAGGUAUAGUUAAUUAA